AUGUCUGCUGUUGAAUACAAGUUCUUGAAGGAAAAAUCAGUUUCUGUUAUCGGUGUCCCUUUCAAUGGAGGCCAACCACGCACUGGUGUUGAAGAUGGUCCUAUUCGUUUAGUUGAAUUUGGCUUACUUAAUCAGUUACAAGAAAUGGGCUGGAAAGUAUCCUAUGAAUCAAACGAAGACAUUCACUCCUUGCGUCCCCAAGAAGAUCCUGAUGUCCUCAACUUGAAGCAACCCAAAUAUGUCUCUGCUGUAACUGAACACGUAUCCAAGCAAAUCUACCAAAGCGCAAAGGAUGGUAAAUUCGUUUUAACCCUGGGCGGUGAUCACUCAGUUGCUUUGGGUACUGUCUCUGGUGUAUUCAGCGCUCAUCCUAAUGCUUGUCUUAUCUGGGUUGAUGCUCAUGCUGAUAUCAAUACUCCUGAAACCACCGAUUCAGGCAACAUUCACGGAUGUCCCGUCAGCUUCCUGGCUGGUAUUGCCAAUGAUCACCCUAACUUUAGAUGGGUUAAGCCCUUGCUCAAGACAAACCGCCUUUCUUACAUUGGUUUACGUGACGUUGAUGAUGGCGAAAAGAGAAUUAUUCGUGAACACAAUAUUCAAGCCUUUUCUAUGCACCAUGUUGACAAAUAUGGUAUUGGAAAAGUAGUUGAAAUGGCUCUUGAUCACAUCAAUCCCAACAGAGAUCUUCCUAUCCACCUCUCAUUUGAUGUUGAUGCCUUGGACCCUACUGUUGCUCCUAGCACUGGUACUCCUGUUCGUGGUGGAUUGACCUUCCGUGAAGGUCAUUAUAUUUGUGAAGCAUUAGCUGAAACUGGAUUAUUGGUUGCAGCUGAUAUAAUGGAAGUUAAUCCAUCCUUAGCAGACCCUGAAGCAGUUUUCCAAACAGUGCAAAUCGGUUGUUCACUCUCAAGAUGUUGCUUAGGUGAAACUCUUUUAUAA